GCUUAUUACCAUAACAAAACAAAAUUAUCUCUCAAAAUCGGUCGGGGCCGAUUCGGGACAUGGGCGGCCCUGAGUGGUCCGCGGGGACUUUCCACCCCCGGUGCGGUCAGAGGGUAGUUCUGUCCGAAGGUCGCACCGUAGCACGACGUUCUCUUGCCGAUUUCAACUGCGGCCUCGUCUUUUCAUCGACGCCUCUCGAGCCAGGCCGUCCUUUCAUCGUGCGGAUCGAUUCAAAGGUUAACACAUGGAGUGGCAGCAUUGAAGUAGGAGCGACGGCUCUCGACCCCGACCUGAUGGCAGAACUGCCCUUGAGUGCCACAGACUUAGCACAAGAAACUUUUGUUAUGUCAGGUGGCUCUGUCCUCAAGGAUGGACACUCUCUCCUUGAACUAUAUGGCACAGACCUUGACACUUUACAGGAGGGAGACACUGUCGGCGUUCUUCUCAACCAUCAGGGUGAACUUGAAUUCUUGGUAAACGGAGAGUCGCAAGGGGUGGCUGAAGCUUCACCACCUCCUCGUCUGUUUGCCUUGGUGGACAUUUACGGAAAAUGUGUUCAAGUGAGUGUGGUACAGCCCCCGCUCUCCUCACUUUCAGGUCCACGGCCAGAUCGUCUAAGGUUCCACACUCGCUGUGGACAUUUGAUCAAAUUAACUAACGGACAGCGUACAGCCGAGCGUCGUCGCCCCUUGGACGAGUUCAAUAAUGGUGUUGUCCUCACACAUCGACCUUUACUCACCAAUGAGCUUUUUGAGAUCCGAAUCGAGAAACUAGUUGCCAAAUGGUCAGGUUCGAUCGAAGUGGGAGUAACAAGCCAUGCGCCGGAGACCCUUGCUCUGCCAGCAACAAUGACAAACCUUCGUUCAGGUACUACCAUGAUGUCAGGUUGUGGCAUUCUGACCAAUGGCCAGGGUACCCGGCGUGAGUAUGGCCACUUCAACUUGGACGAGCUACGUGAAGGGGACACGAUCGGCAUAGUCCGCAGACCCAACCACUCCCUGCACUAUUUUAUCAAUGGCAUGGACCAAGGUGUGGCGGUUCACGACCUUCGAGGCCCCAUAUGGGGAGUCAUCGACCUCUAUGGCAUGACAGUCAAAGUUUCCAUCGUGGAUCAAGAUUCGGCAGAGCAGCCUAUUCUAGCAAACCAAGCAGAUGAUGGAGUCGAGGAAGAGUUCGAAAGUAGCUGCGAUUCUCUCACAUUCCAUCGCAGGUGUGGCUCAAACGCAGCUGUGAUCAACGGAGGUCGAACGGCUCAUAGACCAAAUGCUUUGGAGGAUUUCAACAAUGGAGUGGUUUUGACCAGCCGUUUCUUGCAGACGGGAGAGUUGUUUGAAGUUCGGCUGGAGCAGAUGGUCAAAAAGUGGGCUGGCUCCAUUGAAGUGGGUGUCACAACCCACAGGCCUCAAGAGCUUGACUUUCCAUCCACAAUGACCAAUGUGCGGUCUGGGACCUGGAUGAUGACUGGAAAUGGGGUUAUGCACAAUGGCACCACAGUCCUGGAUGACUACGGUCACAACCUGGACAGAUUAGGAGUGGGUGAUCGAGUGGGAGUAAUGCGAUUGGCUGACGGGACACUGCACUUCUACGUCAAUGGCACUGAUCAGGGUGUUGCGGCCACAGGAGUACCUGAGGCUGUGUAUGGUGUCAUUGACCUAUACGGACAAGCUUCCAGAGCCUCAAUAGUCAGUCGGCAACCCGUCUCGGCGGCAAUCUUACCUUCUGAGGCACCAGCACCUUCGACGAGACCUCUGCGCUUUCACAAUGUACAUGGGAAGAAUGCCAGCAUAUCAACAAAUGGCUUCACAGCUUCCAGACCAAGGGCAUAUGGCGAGUUUAAUGAUGCCAUUGUUGUGACAAAUCGACCCUUAGGUGAUGGUGAACUGUUCGAAGUUCUUGUUGAGCACACAGUUGAUAGGUGGAGUGGCUCUAUAGAAGUUGGAGUAACAAGAAUUCGACCAGAGGAACUUGAGUUUCCCUCAACUAUGACUGAUAUUGACCAUGACAGCUGGAUGCUCAGUGGCUCAUCUGUGAUGCAGAACGGAUCUACCGUCCGAAAUGGCUACCGCUGUGACCUUGAUACUGUGCGUGCAGGCAAUCGAAUCGGUGUUGUUAGACACGCAAAUGGUAAUCUGCACUUUUACCUGAAUGGUGAAGAUCAGGGUAUUGCUUGCCAAAAUGUUCCUUCUGGUAUAUAUGGGGUUAUUGAUCUUUAUGGUCAGUGCUCUCAAGUGACCAUAUCUAACCCUAGAGAAGGAGAUUUGGAAGAUAGCGUUGACAGCAUUCCUCCAGGUUGCCAUUCACCAGCAAAAACAUCUGCACCUCCCAUAUUGAAGCAUCAAUUCAGCUCAAAGUGCAGCAGCAGCCUAACUUUAAGGAACAACAAUCUUAACGCACAAAGACUUAAAAAAUCUCAUGGUCAUGCGCUCCUCUUCUCAUCAAAACCACUUGAACCUGAUUCCGUCUUUGAGGUUAUAAUCAGUGAAGAAAGUCCAAGUAGCAGUGGUUGUCUGAGCGUAGGGGCAACCUCGUUAGAUCUUGAUUUGGUUGAGGCUGUCCCCGGUGGAGGAGGAGGUUUGGCUGAUGUUGGCGCCGACACGUGGUUUGUGAGUGGCUCUCAAGUACAACGAAACCACGAGUUACUCAAGCCGCUCUUCUGCCCCAAUCUCCAAUGGCUGGUUCUAGGGGACAGAAUUGGUUUGCGCCUCACUGCAGAAAACUCUCUGCGCCUUUUGCUGAAUAACGAGGACCUUGGAGAGAUUGCAGACUCUUUGCCCAAACGCCUCUAUGCCGUCUUUGACGUGUUUGGCCGAACAGAGGGUCUGUCCAUUUUGAGUGAGGGGGCAGCAGCCCCAGAUACAGCGCCAAGGGCAGCUCCAGAGGACGCUCGCUUCUUGUGCUCGGACUGGUUACAUCAUUCUCUUGAAGUGGCCUCUGGAGGGGGCAUGCACACUUCGUCAACGUUGUCUUCACCAAUGGCACCGCCUCCAGCGCUAGAGGGACCAGCUAUAGAGAUGGCAUUGCCUCCGCUGGCGUUUCACGAAAGACAUGGAAGGAACAUCAAGUUGUCCAACUCGAGGGCUACAGCACAAAGGAUUGCGUCCUACAACCAAGGAGUAGUUGUUGGUGCCCAUCCUCUCACUGCUGACCUCAUUUUUCAGUUCCGUGUUGAUCGAGUCAAUUCUCGCUGGACUUCAUCAGUUGCUCUAGGAGUCACCAGCCAAAGCCCUGAAUCUCUUAGCGUUCCAGUGGCAGCCUUGGCUCUCCGAAAGGAGACCUGGGUGAUUUCAUCUGAUGGUGUAUUUUUCAACGGAGACAAAAUUGGGGAGUGUGGUGAAUGGAGCUUAGGAGCUGAUCCGCAAGCAGGUCAAGUGCUUGGACUGAUGGUCGACGUCAAAGGCAACUUGCGCCUCUUCCUGGACCACAAGGACGUUGGCAUCCUUGCUAAAAACGUUCCACCAAACUGCUACCCUCUGAUUGAUGUGUACGGGCAGUGCGAGCAGGUUACAAUAUUGGAGUAUAACUCAAUGUGUGUUCGUGUUCCGGAAAAGGAGAAGGCGGAGUACGAAGGGGAAGAAAAAGAGGACUCGCUUGCCAGCCUCCGCUAUAUCGACCAAAGCAUCUCAGAAGACUCUCUGCUACUGCAGUCUAUAGUUUUGGCGCGAGCAAACACUUGUGAAUAUCUGGAACUGUGUUCCACCUUCAAAAGACAGCUCGGGCUCCCUGAUGGCUUCUUUGCCGACUCGCAAGUAGGCGUUUGUUACUGCGAGGUGUGCGAGGUGGCAUCAGAGAAAGGAGACACUUCCAGCCAUCCAGACUUCUGGCCACCUCGAGGGUGGUGCGCCUUUGAGCUUCGGAGACGACCGACUGCCACCUCUUCAUCUUGGCACACUGCUUUCGUCCAAGUUGCCGCCAGUCGACUUCGCCGUUGCUUAGAUAGGGGAUCCCCACCACUUCCUGCAGGAGGACGAGCCCUAGCUCUUGCACCAAAUAUAGAGAGCACUGCCGAAAAUGCCUCACACAAGAUUUUCUUUGAUUUUGGCAGCAGGUGCAAGUACAAGAGUCAGGUGGGGUUUGAACUUUUGAUACAACCAGGAUCAUACCAAGUGAGUGGAACCGACCUUGCUCAGCGCUGGAGCACAAAGGAGAAGGGAAACUUGUUGUUGACUAGUCUCCUGCUACGCCUGCAGCCCCUUCAAGUCUGAAUGCUUCUCAUGACAAAAAAAAAUAUACUAGUCCUGCCCUUAUUGCAUUUAAAUAUUGGCUUUGUGAUAUAAGUUGAGCAGUUGCUUAUUUUUUAAGUUCAUAGUCUGAGACUGAAAUUUUAUUUGCUUCUGUGUAAAGACAGCAAAAAGAAUAAAACAAUUGUUCUUUCAAAGCUGA